AAGUGCUCUUGGGUGCAUGUGUACCGAAGUGCUCCUGGGUGCAUGUGUAAUUAUAAUAAUGAACGUUUAUUUACUGAUAAAUACAGCACCCACACGCUGAAAGUAUACACAUGCCAUAAGUGGUACGCUACAACUGUCUGUGCAGGUGGGGGUCGAUAUGCUCCGAAAUAUUACGUGAGACUAGUGACAUCCCUCAUAUACCAAUAUUUAUCGUCCAUGGUCUCACAGUGUUUCCCACAAAGUAUGCACAGAUAGUUGUUUUAGCUACUGUAUAUGUAUGAUAUAUAAUGACAGGGGGAGGGUCAUUUAACAAAGAUUUUCAGCAAGGUUACGAUACAAAUGUGAAAUUGACGAGGAGUGAACACAAAAGUUAUCUCAGAGUUAUUGAUGGUAUUUACCAAGGUAUAAAGAUAUCUUUAGACCAUGAUAUUUACAAUGGUUGGAAUGGGGCUAUUCUUAAAGUGAUUUGUAUGGACUUUACGUACGUACGUGGUAGCAACUAGCAAGAGAGAGUGGCGAGGAUGGUUUAGUUUCAUCCCAACUGGCAGAUAAGGUCAUAGUGAUGAAAUUAUUCAAUUGAAAAAACAAAAUAAUACCUGUAGUAAAGUAAAAGCAAAGUUGUCAUUGAAACCGCCAGAUGUCAGCACGUUAUGGGCCUUUGAAUAUGACGCGUAGAAUAAGUUAUUUUCUCUCCCACAAAACUCCGUUUGGCUGAGAUCAAUCAUAAGGUGAAAGGUAGUGUGUCCGACCUUGAGCCAUUAACAAAGUUUUCACAUUAAAUUUUAGCCAUUUAAGUAAACGGAAGACCUCGUGAACAAAUCAUAACGAGUUUCACUAAAUUUCGUCUUCGUUGACCUUCAUUUAUAUAUUAAACUAGUUAUUUAUUUCUCCUGGACAAAUAUUCGGUAAACAGGAGUGUUUGUCAUUAGUGUAUGCACUUUUGAUUACACUUGUUUGCAUUUGCAAAUAAAAUACAAUUUAUUGCAAAUAUUGACAAAUUUCACAAUUGUCAAUGAGAAAGACAAAGAGAUAGAGGAAAGAUACAAGUACAAUUGUUAGUACUCUUUAUCACAAGCAUACACUGAUGCCAGUUACUAAUUUUACCAGAAUUCUAACUUAGAAAUCACGGUGUGUUUUAUUAUAUUUUAUAUUAUUUUAAAAUUUAAUAUAAUUUUUAUUUUCAUUUUAGUGAUAGCCUCAAGGCAUGUGAGAUAAGUAUAAUAAUUGGUAACGGGAAGAGUGAGUAGUAAUGCCACGUCGAGUUGCUGAUAUUUGGCAAGUGAAGGUGUUGUGGCCGAGUGAGUCGUUCACACUGGAGUGAACCUAAACUGAAUCAAUACACUAAAUCAAACUCAUCAUGUAAAGCGGGUUAUUGUGAUUUUUUUUAAUAUAACACUGAUUUUCAUAGUUUAAGGCGUCCUUUGAGCCAAAACUUUUAAUAACGCUUAGAAAAUUAUGCAAAUUACAGGAUGAACAUACUGUAGGCUAAAUUGGUACUGCGCAAAGAAUGUCAGGCCAAUGUGGUGUUCGACUUGGUGGGUGGUUCAGUGGUUCGUGUGGCUGAGGCUUGAGGUUUGUUGCCACCAUCAGUCAGUCGCUUAAGAAACUAUGGAUGAGAGCUCGUUGGGUCCGGAGUUUAUCAGAACAGAUCAAGUGACCGACCUGUGGUCUUUCCUCCAGACCAUUGACUGGAGUGAGGGAUGGCUGGUUGGUCUUGUGGUUUUUCACAUUUUUCUCACAAUAUUUACGGUGAUGACACGGAACCACCACACAACCCAAGCUGUUCUUUUCUUCCUGCUGCUACUCACAGUACGCUCAUCAGAGACAAUAAAUCAAUAUGCUGCUAAGAAUUGGCAGUCAUUCAGCCGUCAACAAUACUUCGACUCCCAGGGAUUAUUCAUCAGUGUGGUUUUCUCUAUGCCUGUGCUCUUCAAUUGCAUGAUGAUGGUGAUAAACUGGUUGUGGCUGAGUAGUAGUAUGAUGGUCACUUGGAAGCGAGCUGAACUGGAAGCCAAGCUUCGCAGUGAUACAUUAAGACAAAGUGAAUCCCGAAGAAGCAACUCACCCAGUCAAGGCAGCCCUGUUAAUGAGCAAGCAACAGAGAGCAAGAAGAGUAAAUGAAAGGUUUGUAAAAUAGACUGCCUGGAUUUGUCUUGGGAUAGACAAUUCUUCACUUGGUAUGUGCAUAACCCACUGUGUCUUAGGUUGUUACUUUUGCACCUGUAUAACUUGUGAUCUGUGUCCCCUUAGUCAGAGUUUAAGGGUUUGCUAUCUGGUUUCAACUAUGUGACAUUUUGACUUAGGUAGAGAAUAUACUAGAUAGUGUUUGGUAUCAUAUGAUGACAUCCAACACUAUUGCAGAUAUGCCAUAUUAAUAAAGUGUGACAUAUCCUAUGAGUAGUGUAUUGUUGUUUUUUAGGUACAACUAUACAGUACAGAACAGAAGAAUCCCAAUUAUCCGUUAUCCGGGCAUCCGGUUGAUUGAACUAACCAGCACUAAAAUUAAAUAAUUAUAAUAAAGAUAAAAAUUCCUCCAAAAUCAACUAGAAUAGUAAGUUUGAAUACCGCACGCCAUGGGGAUGAGUUGCCAUAUUUAUUGCUAUGAUAAACAAUAAAAUUGAUACAUAGCAUAUAAUACAACACAACAGCACAUAUUUUAUGAAAAAUACAAAAAAGCAACUUCGACACUCAAACCAUCCUCUGAGCGACACGAUACAGUUAAGGCAGUCACCAAGCUGACUCGGAUGUUUGGCUGUGUGUAUGCCAUGACGUCACGUCGGGAGGGAGUGCAGCCAUGCAAUCAUAGCCCAGUAACCCACCGCCUCGGCACACAUUCACUUCCCACAUUUGCUCUUCAUUUUUCUUAUUCGUAUUUUGUAGUUUUAUAUUAUAUUUUAAUAUUUCUAAGCCACAUUGGAUUACAGUAUUAUAGUAUUGUAAUGAUUUUUCCACAACUUUUAUAGUUUCAUUAUAUGUAACAAUAUAUAAAGCGGCUGGGUUGACGAAUCUGCGACGUAGUUAGAGCCAAUGCUUUGCCUAUAGUAACUGCUUCCACACACGUUCACUUCCCACUCAUACACACCCAUGCUCUUCAUUUCUUUUUUAUAGUUUUAUAUUAUAUUUUAUUUUUUUCUCAGCCAUAUUAGAGUACAGGUAGUUCUGCUAUAACGCGAUAAUUGUGUUCUUGUAAAA